UGCGAGCAGCUGUGUCCACGUGUCAGAAUUUGAUUGGAAGUUGAAAUUCUUAUCACCACCAAACGUUUCAUAUAUCUUUGCCAAACGAACCCAUUUACCAAGGUUCUUCGUCCUUCCUUAUCUUCUUCGCUGAGCAUAUACUCUCUAUUACUCUGUAAUCUGUGAACUCUCUUUCGAGUUUCGUAAUUGGAGAUAAAGGAGGAGAAGUUCUCGUAGAGUUAAUAAGAGUAAUUGUUGAAAAUGGAAAAGCUCUUCGUACCAUCAUUUCCCAAAACUUUUUUGAAUUAUCAGACUCCAGCAAAAGUGGAGAAUUCGCCUGAAGUUCAUCCAAAAUCCAGAAAGAAGAAUCUAUCAUUCACCAAGAAGAAAGAACCCAAUAUCAUUCCCGACGAGCAAUUGGAUUACUUGUGUAGAAAUGGAAGUCUGCUCGAAGCUGAGAAAGCUCUGGACUCGUUGUUUCAACAAGGUUCCAAGGUAAAACGAAGCACUUACCUCAACUUGUUGGAGUCGUGCAUUGAUUCUGGUUCUAUCCAUUUGGGUCGUAUCCUUCAUGCUCGGUUUGGUCUGUUUCCUGAACCUGACGUCUUUGUGGAGACGAAGCUGUUGAGCAUGUAUGCUAAAUGCGGGUGUCUUGUUGAUGCCCGUAAGGUGUUUGAUUCAAUGCGUGAGAGAAAUCUGUAUACAUGGUCUGCUAUGAUUGGUGCUUACUCGAGGGAGAAUCGAUGGAGAGAGGUCUCUAAGCUCUUUCGUUUGAUGAUGGAAGAAGGUGUUUUGCCUGAUGAUUUCUUGUUUCCCAAGAUUUUACAGGGAUGUGCGAAUUGUGGAGAUGUUGAGACUGGCAAGUUGAUUCAUUCGGUGGUUAUAAAACUCGGGAUGAGUUCGUGUCUUCGUGUUAGCAACUCGAUUUUAGCUGUGUAUGCGAAAUGCGGUGAAUGGGAUUUCGCUACCAAGUUUUUUAGACGCAUGAAGGAGAGAGAUGUGGUUGCUUGGAACUCAGUACUGUUAGCUUACUGCCAAAAUGGUAAACAUGAAGAAGCUGUAGAAUUGGUAGAAGAGAUGGAAAAGGAAGGAAUUUCUCCAGGGUUAGUUACUUGGAACAUAUUGAUUGGGGGUUAUAACCAGCUAGGGAAAUGUGAUGCUGCCAUGGAUUUGAUGCAGAAGAUGGAGAAUUUUGGUAUAACUGCUGACGUGUUUACGUGGACUGCUAUGAUUUCGGGUUUGAUUCAUAAUGGGAUGAGAUAUCAGGCAUUAGAUAUGUUUAGGAAGAUGUUUUUAGCAGGUGUAGUGCCGAAUGCAGUCACUAUUAUGAGUGCUGUGUCUGCUUGUUCAUAUUUGAAAGUUAUAAACCUGGGCUCAGAAGUUCACUCUAUUGCUGUGAAGAUGGGGUUUAUCGACGAUGUGCUUGUGGGCAAUUCUCUGGUUGAUAUGUAUUCAAAGUGUGGAAAACUGGAAGAUGCAAGGAAAGUUUUUGAUUCGGUAAAGAAUAAGGAUGUAUAUACUUGGAACUCAAUGAUAACAGGGUAUUGCCAAGCAGGCUAUUGUGGGAAGGCUUAUGAAUUGUUUACAAGGAUGCAAGAUGCAAAUGUAAGACCAAAUAUUAUCACAUGGAACACGAUGAUCUCAGGAUAUAUUAAGAAUGGAGACGAGGGUGAGGCUAUGGACUUAUUUCAGAGGAUGGAAAAAGAUGGAAAAGUUCAGCGAAAUACUGCAACAUGGAACCUAAUUAUUGCGGGUUACAUACAAAACGGAAAAAAGGACGACGCCUUGGAAAUUUUUCGGAAAAUGCAGUUUUCUCGCUUCAUGCCAAAUUCGGUUACCAUUCUAAGUCUCUUACCCGCUUGUGCUAAUCUUCUUGGGACAAAAAUGGUAAGAGAGAUACACGGUUGUGUAUUGCGGAGAAACCUAGAUGCUAUUCAUGCCGUUAAAAACGCUUUAACGGAUACUUAUGCUAAGUCAGGGGAUAUAGGAUAUUCAAAAACCAUCUUCAUGGGUAUGGAAACGAAAGACAUCAUAACUUGGAACUCGUUGAUUGGAGGUUAUGUUUUACAUGGUAGCUAUGGUCCAGCUCUUGAACUUUUUAAUCAAAUGAAGACACAGGGAAUUAAGCCGAAUAGGGGAACUCUUUCGACAGCAUGGCGUGAUGUUGAAGGCAAGCCUGCAUCAGUCGGCCCAUGGGGAGGCCAAUGUGGUCAUGCCUGGGAUGAUGGAAUGUACACCACAGUAAAGCAAAUAAUUAUAGCCCAUGGUUCUGGAAUAGACUCCAUACAAGUUGAGUACGACAAAAACGGUAGCUCUGUUUGGUCUGAAAAACGCGGAGGAAAGGGAGGCAAGAAGUUUGAUAAGGUCAAACUUGAUUACCCACAUGAGUAUCUGAUUUCAAUCAAUGGAACAUACGGUAGCUUUGACGUCUGGGGAACUUUAUGUGUCCGAUCACUUACUUUUGAGAGUAACCGCAGAAAAUAUGGACCAUUUGGUGUUGAGUCAGGUACAUUCUUCGCAUUACCAAAAUCAGGGUCAAAGAUUGUUGGGUUCCAUGGGAAGGCUGGUUGGUAUUUGGAUGCUAUUGGUGUUCACAUUCAGCCAGUUCCUAAAGAGAAUAAUCCUUCGUCGAAAAUCCUUUUGCAUUCGCAUCAAAGUUUCCCUCAGGGUGAUAAGAAACAUGAGUACUCAGUGAUACAAGGAAGUGUAGGGCAAAACUUUGAUAUAGUUGUUGCCCUCAGAAAGAAAGAUCCAACUUUGCCUUCUUUUGAAUCCCGGGAUUCCGCAGGUGCCGAGAUCACCAAACAUAAGUUGGUGACAGAUACUGAGAAGUCACAGUCAAAAGUUGAAGGUGGCGCGAAAACAUAUGGACCAUGGGGUGGAACCGGUGGUAUCAUGUUUGACGAUGGGAUUUAUACCGGUAUCAGACAAAUCAAUUUGUCACGUAGUGUCGGGAUUGUGUCGAUAAAGGUCUGUUAUGAUUUUAGAGGACAAGCUGUGUGGGGAAGCAAACAUGGUGGCAUGGGAGGAUUCAAACAUGAUAAGAUUGUAUUUGACUACCCAUCAGAGGUUUUAACACAUGUAACGGGAACAUAUGGGCCGCUGAUGUACAUGGGACCUAAUGUGAUAAAGUCACUGACUUUCCGCACCAACAGAGGAAAACAUGGACCUUAUGGAGAAGAACAAGGUCCUUCUUUUACACAUCAAAUUGAUGAGGGUAAAGUUGUUGGAUUCCUUGGAAGAGAGGGUUUGUUUCUUGAUUCCAUUGGUGUUCAUGUUAUGGAAUGCAAGAUAAGUUCCCUUAAGCCAGCAUCUCCUAACAAUUCAAUUGUUCCUCAUAAUAACUCCGGCACUGCGCAAAUCGAAAAUUCCCCAUGGGCUAAUAAGCUAGUCCUUGCAGCAAACGGCCAUGGCGAAGAGGUUGAUCGUGGAGUCGUCAAAGAACCAACACCGAGCGGUUCUGGACCGUGGGGAGGCGACGGAGGUCAAGCUUGGGAUGAUGGAGUAUUUUCAGGGAUCAAGCAGAUAUUUGUGACAAGAGGAAAUGAUGUUAUCUCUUCAAUACAAGUCGAGUACGAUAGAAAUGGACAAUCUGUUUGGUCCACUAAACAUGGUGGUGAUAACAAUGGAGUCGCCACACACAGAAUUAAACUUGAGUAUCCAAACGAAACGAUCACCUGCAUUUCAGGGUAUUACGGACCUCUGAACAAUUCAGACAGAUAUAAUGUUGUCAAGUCUCUGAGUUUUUACACGAGCCGUGGGAAGUAUGGUCCAUACGGUGAAGAAACCGGGACGUUUUUCACUUCAACUACAACACAAGGAAAAGUUUUGGGGUUCCAUGGAAGGAGUAGCUCGCACUUGGACGCCAUUGGAGUGCAUAUGCAGCAUUGGCUUGGCAACAAUAAGCCUUAUUACAGCAGGGCUAGUUGUUUCAAGCUCUUUUCAUAAUCUUCUCUGCGCACAACAAGAAAACAUCUAACCAUUUAUGGUUCGAUCGACGCUUACAGUCUAUCCAUUAAGAGUUACUAAUACAUAAACAUAGUCCUAAACGCAUUUGAAUUUCCUUUCCAGUUAAUAACACUGUUUCUAUAGACAGAAUAAAUACGAAAAAUCUAUAGAAACAAGAAGAGAGUGUAUUAUAAAAUGAAGUAAUAUUGGCAUUUCCGUGCUAAAUGUGUUUAAUGAUCCGAAUUGGUUGUUCGUGAGUGAA